UUCGUAGCCGCACCAAAAUUGUGUUUUUGAAUAAAAAAUGGCUAAUAUUGUUCAAAAAUACAUAAACUUCUCUAAGAAGGAGCUAGAACAGUUUGCAUCAAACUCGGAUUCGUGCGUGCGACACGUCAACACAGACAUGCACCUCUCCAUGGGGCCUUACGGCAUGGCCGAUUUCAAGCAUGCGUUGCACGAGCUACUUAUCCGCACCAAAGUGGGCAUAUACGAUGCCAACCUAAAUGGGAUUGUGCUGGGUAUUAAGAACAUCAAGUUACUAGGUAACUCAGCUGCUUUGCGCGCCGACGAUCCCUCCAUCCACCUGUUAAUCAAUGCCGACUUCUACGUGUUUCGGCCCGAGGCGGGCGCUGUGCUCAGUGGAAUUGUGCGGCACAUAUCGAAGCAUCAAGUCAGCGCCGUUCUCUACAGAGUGUUUAAUACUAAAAUUCGGUUUACGAACCGAAAAAUGCAUGAAGGCAUUACUAUGGAACAGGAUAUUAAAUUUCGCAUUAAAGAUUUCGAUAUAAGCAAUGUUAUGCCCUACAUUGAAGGCGAGCUGUUGAUGGAGGAAAAUGAGCUCCUGAACAACUGCGUAAAGUCUGAGAGUCCAGAACAAGCCGAAGAAAAUCCUAAUCUGGAGUUGAACGGACUGGUUGAAUUAAUUAAGGCAGAACCACUACCCAAGGAUACAGAGAAGGCGAACAAAAAGAAGCGAUCAUCAAAGCGAACAAAAGCAGAAACGACGGUGCUUGAAUCGCCAAACAAAAUGAAACGAAUAAAAAUAGAGCCGAUUUAGUCUCAAACAAAAAAAAGAAGAUCAUUCAAAGUACAAAUCCAAGUAUGUUUCUAAAAUGCAAAGCAAUGUUUUCAAUUCAAUUGAUGUCUUCCAAAUGUGGAAAAACUCA